GGCCGGCUCGAGGCUCUGCUCCGCUUGCGCUCCUCGCUCGCUUCCUCUCGCUCUCGUCCUCUCGACCCGCAACCUACGAGAUGAAGGCCCUCUUUCGCCGGCACCACAAGUCGAAGAAGAACGCGCGCGACAAGACGCUCGACGGCGACGCCACCGCCGACCCGCCGUCGCUGUACCGCCUCGACCUCUCGACCACCUCGGCGGCAUCGAGCACGAGCCGGCUCGCGUCGUGCAAGAUCCCACCUCGAGGACGACUCGUGACGCUGCGUCCCGAGCCACCGACGCUGCGGUCGGUCGCCAGCAUCCCGGACGACGGGCUCGCGUUCAGCAAGUUUGGCAAGGAGACGAGCCUGAGGGUCGUCAUCGUCGGAGCGGGCUUUGCCGGUCUCGGCGCCGCCGUCGCGUGCGCGCGCCAGAACAUAUCGGUCACGGUCCUCGAGCGCUCGUCGGGCCUGUCGCCGCACGGCGACUCGAUCCUGUUUGGCGCCAACGCGAGCCGGCUCAUGGACCGGUGGGGCGUCGGCGAGGACAUGUUCCUGCGCGGCGCGAGCAAAGGCGGGUGGUGGUUGUUCAAGGAUCAGCAGGGGAGGGACGUGUGGCAGAGCAACUUGGACGAGCUUUCGGCGCAAGUCGGCGCACCCGUCCUGCAGGGCCGUCGCCCGACCUUCCUCGCGUCGCUCGGCACGCAGGCCCGCAUGCUUGGCGUCCAGAUCCGCCUCCACAGCGAGGUCAUCCAGUACUGGGACUCGGACGACGAGCCUGCUGUCGUGCUCGUCUCGGGCGAGGUCGUCAAGGGCGACGUCGUCAUCGUCGCAGACGGCGUGCACUCUACGGCUCGUGGCCUCCUCGCGUCGACUGCACGCGCGACCAUGGCCCAGAAACGCACGAACUACUCGAUCCAUCGCGGCGUCAUGACGAGCGAGGACAUUGCUGCCGACCCGGUCUGCGCUCAUCUGCUCGACGGAAAUAUUCGUACUUGGCUUGGACCAGACUCGCACAUCUGCGCGUACCCGAUGGAGAACGGCCGCUCUCUCGCUUUUACCUUCACGCACGCCGACACCAAGCACGCCUCGUCGCUCGACUGGAGAGACAAGAAGGCCAUCGGCGAGGUGCUCGACCUGCUCGACGGCGCAUGGGACCCGACCUUGCGCCGCGCCCUGCGCCACUUUUCGAACACGCUCCACUGGGAGAUCACGGACGAGGCGCCCGAGGCCGAGUGGAUCUCGACGGGCGGCAAGAUCUGCUUCAUCGGCGACGCAGUACACGCCAUGAUGCCGACAGCGCUGCAAGGCGGCUCGCAGGCGAUCGAGGACGCAGGCACGAUCGCGCUCUGCCUCGCGAUGGCCGGCAGCAACCCGGCAGGGGUGACCGUCGCCUUGCGGGUCCACGAGAAGUUGCGCCGGCCGACUGUGGUGGAGGCCCAAGCGUUCGGCCUCGAGCAACAGCUCGUGUGGCACACGUACACGUCGUCACCAAUCGGCUCGCCUCCCUCGAUCCUGCGGCCGCUCUCGUUCGACAUGUAUACCCACGACGCCGAGCGCGACGCGCUCAAACACUUCAACGACCAUGCGCACGAGGUCGACCCGGCGUUCAGCGUCCAACGCGAGUGGAUGGACGAGGCAGCGAAGAAUGCCAAGCUGGACCGUGCGAGCGAGGAGCCGAGGGUGACGAGGGGCCGACCGCCAAGUAGCUCGAGACCGCUCAAGUGAAACGAGCAGCGAUCUUCAUGUCG